UGUUCAUCACUUCUGGGAGUUAAAGGUUUAUCAAAUCAGUUAUCAUCAAUUAGAAUUGUUGUAUUGAAGAUUGUGUAUGUCAGGGGUAUGUGUAGAUAUUGCGUGUAUAUUAAGUGACACCAUCCCAUCAAUAGAAUGGUUACAUGAAAAGAAAAGUUUCCUUUAACUGUGCAAAAAUCAGAAGUAUUUGUGGCUACUACUGUUUGGGAUGAAAAUCAUUGCAUCACCUCCUUUGCAAUCAGGAAUGAUCAAAAUGCUAUCAACAGAGGUGUUUUUCUUUUCUUUUCUAUUUUCAAGGUAGCUGGGUUUCAGACACAAUUUUUCCUAGAUGAAAUCCAAAAUUUUUACUUUAAUCUUCUGCUUUUUUUUUGUAUCCCUUUUUGGUAGUAGGUAAUAGAAGUGAUUAAGAUUUUUUUUCAUUCAUAAUACAUCAGAUUGUUUCGUUCAUGUUUCCAGGUAGUUGCUGUGUUGUAACAAAAAAUUCCUUUUUCACAUCAGAUUGUUUGUGUCAUGAUAGCUAUGGUAACAAAUGGGUGGCUCUGUAUUGUUUGUAUAUAACUCCAGAAAACAUUUUACAAAACAAAAGAAAAAGGAGUGGUCAUUCCCUUUGGAUUGCACAAAAAUCUUCCAUUGUUUAGUUAUUUUUAUCUAUUAGUAGCUGUAGAAAACUGUUAUUAUCAACAUAAUUGUUUUUAUUAUUAUUAUUAUUGUCGUUGAUAUACUUGGAGUGCUUUUGCUCUUACUAGUGACCAUUAAAGAAUUUCUCCUCGCAGUAUCGAUACAUUUUAAAGCAGGAAUGUGAGAAGAAGAACUUAGAUUAUCAACUAGAGGAUGAUCUUUGAUUGAAAGCCAGUUUCACGGAGCAAAAAUGAAAAUAAAUGUAGAAGAAACUGUGUGGGUAAUUGGUUAUUUAAAUCUAAGGAGUGAUAGGGAUAGAUAUAUUCGCAAGGGAGAGACAACAAUUAUUGGUUUCAAGGCUCAAUCACAAAGGCCAAUUUAACAUAAGAAAAAUCUACAGCUCAGUAACUGACUUUUUUUGUGUGUUUCUGGGCACAGUUGUGGACAAGUUGAUACUUAAAUAGGGGAAUGCCAAAACCAACAUUAUUUUACUAACUAAAAGUGAAAACUACCAACAUGAAGAAAUCUACUCAGAGUAGGAAAGAUUUUUAACUUUCUUUCUUAAUUAAGAAAAUGAUGGUAGAAAUGUACUUUUUUGUUGGAAAUGUAUGUUAUAAUUUAUUUUAGGAAUGCUUUUUGUUGAGUAAAUUAUUCUUGUGAUAUUGAGUAAUUUUGUGAUAACCCAGUGUGAAGUUGGACUCUGUGUGAGGAUUUGUGAUGAGUCAUUUUCAAAGGCAUAAAUUCCCUACAGUGUUUGUCCAAACGCUUUUAACUAGAGGAACUUAGUUGUGUCAUAGAGUAUAAACAUUCAGAAAUAAUGCAGCUUGUCAUUUUUAUACCUUCACUGAUAAUCUCAAUUAAUAUAAUACUUAGAUAACAAGAUCAUUUGAAAUUGAGCUGGAAAGUUCUUAACUAAACCUUUAAGCCCUGGUCAACCUGCAACUUUUAGUUAGGUUUUUUUAAUUUUAUUUUAAUUCUGUUGAUAUGGUUCAGGUAUUACUUUAAGAAAACUUAGGUAUCAAUAUAUUAUUUCGAUGUUGGUAUUGUCAGGGCAUGAUAAGGUGAAGGGUACAUUUGGAUUUUAACCCUUUAACUCUCAAUAUCUGACUGAAAACUCUACCCUCUAGCUGCCACACAUUUCUUCUUAAAUUAGUUACAAGAAUUUGGUGUUAGAUCAAGAUAACUACCUCCUAAUAGGUUUGAGUAAUCUCAUUACUUGUUUGUAGGGGGAUGUGUGGAUAUCUCAGGGAGAGGUCGCACUUCUGGGAGUUAAGGGGUUAAUUUAAUUUUUCCUCUAGUAUACGGCUUGUAAAUAAAUGAGGAACAAAGUAUCAAGUAUUUUGGUGUCCACAGCGUGAGGAUUAUUUCUUGAAUGCUGAAAGCAAAUAAAUGUGACGUUUUUGGUACUUAAUAGAUUCUUUUGAUAUGUUCUUUAGUAAAAACAAGAGGUCUGUUAUAUUUGAAGAAUUUCUAAAGUUGACAAGGAGACUGGGAACAAAUGGCAAAACAAAAUGGCGUAUGCAGCGAGGUCCUACAUCCUGAACAAGAAAAGGCAAGAACAGGCAGGCAAUCAAAGAUGCCAAAAAUGUUUGCAAGUGGGUCAUUGGACGUACGAGUGCAACAAUAAACGAAAGUAUUUGCAGCGGGAUUCGAGAACAGUGGUAAUGAAAAAGAAAAUCAAACUAGCCAGUUCUUCUCGCGAUAAUAAUGAUUCAAGUAAAAGUGAGUCAGUUGACAAGGAAAAAAGUGCUCCGACUCAUCCACAACAGACAGCAGUGAUUCUUCUGAUGACAGCAGUAGCAGUAGUUCUCCCAGCUCCAGCAGCGGUGAUAAUAGCAGCAAAUCUAGCAAUUCAGAGGAUUCAGACAGUGAUAAUGAACGGGAAUCAAAGAAACAGAAGUCAAAGAAGCGCUGAGCUGAUGCAAGACGAGCAAACAUGAGAGCCACAAAACACGAGAAUCGCACCACCUUACUUAGAGGAUAAUAACGGUGUCAGACAUCCAGAGGCGUUUGAAGGAGCUGUUGACGUCAUCAUCCUCUGCUGUCCUCAGCAGAUUUUGUUGGGUUGCCUGUUUAAGCAAAUCUGAGUGGGCACUUCUACAUGUAUUUCAGUCAAAUGUUUUGUGUUUGAAGGCAUUUCUUCUCGGACGCUACUUUCUUCUUUUUAAUGUACCAUUUUUCCACAAACAGCAAAAGUUAAAGGAUCCAAUGAUCCGAAUCACUAGUGCGCGGUAGGCGCUCUUAAAAGUGGGCGGAAGUAGGCGAAAAAAAUUUGCCUGAAUCAAAGAUCGGCGCGCACUAAUGUUACCAAAAACUGCACGCGAACUUUUUUGAAACUGUGUACGCGAGUUGUGCGUGGGUGCGCAUGAGCGCAUGAGCGGUGCGCGCAGGUUUUUGAAACGGCACGCGCUGUUUCUGAGCGCCAUGUGUGAGUUUUUUAGCAGCGCAUUAUGUUUUAAUUUUGUUAUUUCUUAAAGGAAGGAGGACCUAAUAUUUAACUCUCUUGAAUUUUAUUGAGAAAUAGUGAAAGACAGUUUUCUUACAGAUGCAUUUUAUUGUUCAAUAAAUAUGUCAUAUCGUUUUGUUA